UCCUCCUCCUCCUCCUCCUGGCCAUCUCCAAUCCCGGCCGCCGUCCUUAGAGGAAAAACCCAGGGCAAAUCCCAAAAAUCCCCGGGGAGGUCUCGGCCCUUCGGAUCCGUCCCCUCCUGCAUGAGCCACCCGCGUUCCCGGCGAUGGCCCAGCGCUGAAGAUGUCCAUGGCCAGGCUCGGCAGCGUCAAUGGAUUCCUGGAGGACGGCAGGAUGGAGGCGGGAGACAUGGGCAGGAUCCUGCGCUGCCUGGAGAUGGGCACCGUCCUCACCUUGUUCUACCAGAAGAAGUCCCAGAGGCCGGAGAGAAGGACCUUCCAGGUGAAGCUGGAGACGCGGCAGAUCAUCUGGAGCCGCACGCCCGAGAAGGUGGAGGGGGACAUCGACAUCCGGGAGAUCAAGGAGAUCCGCCUGGGCAAGAAUUCCCGGGAUUUCGAGCGCUACCCCGAGGACGCUCGGAAGUUGGACUUCACCAUGUGCUUCAUCAUCCUCUACGGGAUGGACUUCCGGCUGCGGACGCUCAGCGUGGCUGCUUUCUGCGAGGAGGACAUCAACCUCUGGAUAACGGGGCUCAACUGGCUGGUGGCUGAUACCCAGAGGGCCCAGACCCCGCUGCAGAUCGAGAGGUGGCUCCGGAAGCAGUUUGACGGGAUGGACCGGGCGCGGGAAGGCAGCAUCACCGUGAAGGACCUGAAGGCGAUGCUGCCCCAGGUGAACUACCGCGUUCCCAACAUGAGAUUCCUGCGGGAUAAACUCGUGGAAGUGGAAGCCAGGAAUGAAAUGACCUUCUCCCACUUCAUCCAGUUCUACAAAAACCUGAUGUUUGACGCCCAGAAGUCGGUCAUCGAGCAGCUGGAGCUCUCCUUCCCUCUGAGGAACGUGGACCGCCCCGAGCUGUGCCAGGUCUCCCUCUACGACUUCCAGAAGUUCCUGCUGCACGACCAGAAGGAAUCCUGGGCCAGCGACGUGGGCAUGGUGCGGGAAUACAUGUGCACCUACCUCCGGGAGAGCUCCAGCGAGGCGUCGGAUCCCUCCUUCCAGCUGGAUGAGGUGGGUGCCCCCCACCCAGAACCCACCCAGGGGUUCCCCAUCAUCCUGUCCAUCGAGGACCACUGCAGCAUCGUCCAGCAGCGGAACAUGGCCUCCCACUUCAAGAAGGUCUUCGGGGACAUGCUCCUCACCAAGCCCGUGGACAUCAACGCCGACGAGCUGCCCUCACCCACCCAGCUCAAGAAGAAGAUCCUGAUCAAGCACAAGAAACUGGUCGAAGGGAACCUGUACGAGGAGGUCUCCACUGCCAGCUACUCGGAGAACGACAUCAGCAACUCCAUCAAGAACGGGAUCCUCUACCUCGAAGACCCCAUUGACCACACCUGGAGCCCUCAUUAUUUCGUCCUGACGAGCAACAAGAUCUACUACUCGGAGGAGUUGAUGCGGGUGCCGCGCGACGGAGCCUUCCUGGUGCGCAAGCGCGGCGAGCCCAACUCCUACGCCAUCUCCUUCCGGGCGGAGGGGAAGAUCAAGCACUGCCGGAUCCAGCAGGAGGGGAGGCUCUUCAUGCUGGGCAGCUCGGCCGAGUUCGAGAGCCUGGUGGACCUCAUCAGCUACUACGAGAAGCACCCACUGUACCGCAAGAUGAAGCUGCGCUACCCCAUCAACGAGGAGACCCUGGAGAAGAUGGGCACCACCGAGCUGGACUAUGGAGCCCUGUACGAGGUGCGGACCCCCCACUUCUAUGUGGAGGCCAACAAGAUGCCCAUGGCCAGGGUGAUACUGGAGCUGGAUCCCUUUGCACCAGGGAACCCCAACAAAGCAGGUUUAGGGCCUCCUCCAUAUCCCUUAUUCCUUCCUCUCUUCCAGUCCUCGGAAAACAGCCCCCUGGGGAACUUCCUGAAGGGAUUCAUCGACGUCCCGUCCUGCCACGUCGUGAUCUCCAAAGACGGGAGGAGCUCCAAACCAUUUGUCUUCACCAUCCAUUCCCAGCAGAUGUCCCACGCCGCCCAAUCCCUGGACGUGGCCGCGGACACGCAGGAGGAGCUCAGCGAGUGGGUGGCCAAGAUCCGGGAGGCCACGCAGAACGCGGACGCCCGGAUGCAGGAGGGGAAGAUCAUGGAGCGGCGGAAGAAGAUCGCGCUGGAGCUCUCGGAGCUGGUCGUCUACUGCCGCCCGGUGCCGUUCGACGAGGACAAGAUCGGCACGGACAAGGCGUGUUACCGGGACAUGUCGUCCUUCCCGGAGACCAAGGCGGAGAAAUACGCCAACCGCAGCAAGGGCAAGAAAUUCCUGCAGUACAACCGGCGCCAGCUGAGCCGGAUCUAUCCCAAGGGACAGCGCCUGGACUCCUCCAACUACGACCCACUGCCCAUGUGGAUCUGCGGGAGCCAACUCGUGGCCCUCAACUUCCAGACGCCCGGUAAAAUCCUGGGCGCCCGGCACCUGCCCAAGAACGGGAGGAGCAUCGUGUGCCCCUUCGUGGAGGUGGAGGUUUGCGGCUCCGAGUACGACAACAGCAAGAACAAGACGGAUGUCGUAGCCGACAACGGCUUCAACCCCGUGUGGCUCUUCAAGCAGUUCGUCUUCGACAUCAACAACCCGGAGUUCGCCUUCCUGCGCUUCGUAGUGUACGAGGAGGACAUGUUCAGUGACCCCAACUUCUUGGCACAGGCCACCUUCCCCGUCAAGGGCCUCAAAACAGGCUACCGGUCGGUGCCGUUGAAGAACAGCUACACCGAGGACCUGGAACUCGCCUCCCUCCUCAUCCACAUCGAGAUCAUCAACGCCAAGGCAGCAUUUAACCAGUGGAAUUCCAGUAGUUGA